AUGGUUUUGGGGGGAGUACAAUGUGUGCGUUUCCGUGCUUCCUUGUCCUAUUCGAGUGUCUCAUUGGAAAUUGGGAUAGCCGCACCUCCUUUCGUUCUCCCUACAAGCACGUUCGGCGUGCCCGAGCUUAGGAUAUUCGACCCUUCCCAGCCCCUCCCUCCAGCAGAAGAAACUGACACGCUUGGAGUCGUGCUCUCCGGCGAUUCACGUACGAUGACCCAAGUCCUGCGAUCUCUCCAGCCCGAGCUGGAGCUAGAACCGAACGCGGAAAACUUCUUGUUGGCAGCGGCGGAUGAGUUUAUAGAGAGUGUUACGCAGUUUGCGGCGGAUAUGGCGCUCCAUCGGGGUUCGGAUACGUUAGAGCCGAAGGAUCUGGCAUUGCAUCUUGGUUCGUCUUUCCCCCUUGUCCUACGCGUUUGA